AGUUAAGAGAGAGAGAGAAAGAAGUAAUAUAAAAAUGGUAUACUUGUGUUUAUUAGUGAACGAGAAGAGGAUUAUACGGCGGAGCAAGCCGGUGGCGGGUUCAUGUUCACGGUGUAGCAGCGGCGCUAGCGUGGCGGAGAUGGAGACUGUUAUGAGGUUUUGCUGCAUUCCUUUCUAUUGGAAAUCUUGGAAAGCUAUUGUUUGUACUUUUUGUGGAGCUUUUCUUAAAUCAUAUAGAUAGAUAGAUUAAUUCAUCUUUUUCUUUUUUCGGUUAAUUCGAUUCUACCAGU